CGUCCCCGCGGCCCCGGCCCGCUGCCCUGGCCCCCGCCGGGGCCCAGCCCACGCGGGGCCGCCCGCCGGCACCCCUCCUGACCCGAUCUGCUCUCCCGGCGGCCCCGCAGCGCUCGGCCGCGGGCCUGCCCCGUUCCCAGGGGUCGGGGGGCUCCGGCGGAGGCAAGCAGGCCGAGGCGGCGGCUCCCCCGCCUCCGGGGCUGCCAGCGGGGCUUUCGCUGCUGCCGGCCCGCUUCCCGCCACUGACACCGUUCCCGUCAGGGUGGGAGCGGGAAGCGUGGCGGCCCGUCAGGCGCUGUGCUGCCUUCUCGAUACGGAUCUGUGGCGUGCGGCAGGCUGCGGAAGGAGUGGUACUGAGUUAACGUCUGAACACAUCUAGGUGGUGCUUUAAGAAAACCGACAAAUAGCUGCUGGGAUGUUUCUCCGAUUACUGGCAGAUGUCCGGUGGCGAGCAGCUAACCCGAAAUGGAGAAGAAUGACCUGCUCCCAGCGAAGUACCUCAAGCACAGCAGAACCUUACCCAGUUUCCUUGCCAGCACAGGCACAGGUUGUCAUCUGUGGUGGUGGAAUCAUGGGCACCUCCGUGGCAUAUCACCUUUCCAAGAUGGGUUGGAAGGAUAUAGUCUUACUUGAGCAGGGCAGGUUGGCUGCUGGUACCACCCGCUUCUGUGCUGGCAUUGUGAGCACAGCCAGACACGUGUCCAUAGAGCUGAAGAUGGCAGACUAUUCUAACAAGCUCUACCAGCAGCUGGAACAAGAGACAGGAGUAAAAACAGGGUACAUGAAGACAGGCUCUAUUUCACUGGCUCAGACUCAGGAUCGACUAAUCUCUCUGAAACGCAUUGCUUCAUCACUGAAUGUAAUGGGGAUACCUUGUGAAAUUAUCACCCCAAAGCAAGUGGCACAGCUCCACCCACUGAUCAACAUCCAUGACCUUGUGGGGGCCAUGUAUGUGCCAGAAGAUGCACUUGUGUCAUCUGCGAAUGUGAGUCUGGCUCUGGCAACUGCUGCCUCACGGAAUGGUGUCCAGAUUCAUGAAAGGACGAGUGUCAGUCAUGUCUCGGUCCAGAAGGGUCGUGUGACUGCAGUCGAGACCGACAGAGGACAGAUUCAAUGCCAGUACUUCGUCAACUGUGCUGGCCAGUGGGCCUAUGAGUUGGGCCACUCUGGGGAGGAACCGGUCAAUAUCCCACUCCAUGCCUGUGAACACUUCUACCUCUUGACACAUCCUUUGAAGGAACCUUUGGCAAGCAAUUUACCAACUAUUGUGGACCCAGAUGGCAGGAUCUAUAUACGCAACUGGCAAGGUGGCAUCCUCUCGGGAGGCUUUGAGAAAAACCCCAAACCCCUCUUCACGGAGGGACGGAACCAGCUGGAGAUUCACAACCUUCAAGAAGACUGGGAUCAUUUUGAGCCACUUCUGAGUGCCCUUCUGCGCAGGAUGCCAGAUUUGGAGGCUCUGCAGAUCAUGCAGUUAGUGAACUGCCCAGAGUCCUUCACACCAGAUAUGCGGUGCAUCAUGGGAGAGUCGCCCACCGUGCGGGGUUACUUCGUUCUGGCUGGCAUGAACUCAGCUGGUAUCUCAUAUGGUGGGGGAGCAGGCAAGUACCUGGCAGAGUGGAUGGUAAAUGGGUAUCCAUCAGAAAAUGUCUGGCCUCUGGAUUUGAAACGUUUUGGUGCCCUUCAGAGCAGUCGCACUUUCCUCCGACACCGUGUGAUGGAAGUAAUGCCCCUCAUGUGUGAUCUGAAAGUUCCCCGUUGGGACUUUCAGACUGGCAGGCAGCUGCGUACUUCACCAUUGUACGACCGUCUGGAUGCACAGGGAGCUAGGUGGAUGGAGAAGCAUGGAUUUGAGAGAGUCAAGUAUUUUGUCCCACCUGGGAAAGAUCUGCUGGAUUUGGAUCAGAGCAAAACCUUUUAUAAACCAGACUGGUUUGAUAUUGUGGGUUCCGAAGUCAAGUGCUGUAAGGAAGCGGUUUGUGUCAUUGACAUGUCAUCUUUUACCAAGUUUGAAAUAAGCUCCACAGGAGAUGAGGCCCUGGAGAGUCUGCAGUAUCUCUUCUCAAAUGACCUGGAUGUGCCAGUUGGGCAUGUUGUGCAUACAGGCAUGCUUAAUGAGAAAGGAGGUUAUGAGAAUGACUGCAGCAUAGCACGAUUGAGCAAACGCAGCUUCUUCAUGAUUUCCCCUACUGACCAACAAGUCCAUUGCUGGGCCUGGCUGAAGAACCGCUUGCCCGAUGACAGCAACCUGACCAUGGAAGACGUGACCUGGAAGUACACGGCUCUCAAUCUGAUCGGCCCCCGUGCUGUGGAUGUCUUGUCAGAGUUGUCAUAUGCCCCAAUAACUCCAGAACAUUUUCCCUCUCUCUUUUGCAAGGAGAUGAGCGUGGGCUAUGCUAAUGGCAUCCGUGUGAUGAGUAUCACUCACACAGGAGAACCUGGAUUCAUGCUUUAUAUCCCCAUAGAGUAUGCCCUUCACGUGUACAACGAGGUAAUGAACAUGGGACAGAAGUAUGGGAUUCGGAACGCUGGUUAUUAUGCACUCCGCAGCUUGCGCAUUGAGAAGUUCUUUGCAUUCUGGGGCCAGGAUCUGGAUGCUUUUACCACUCCUAUGGAGUGUGGACGCGAGUUCCAGGUCAAGCUGGAAAAGGGAAUGCAGUUUGUUGGCCAGGAAGCGCUGUUGGAACAGAAGCAGAACGGUGUGUACAAGCGCUUUACCAUGUUCAUUCUUGAGGACCACGACACAGAUAUGGACCUCUGGCCCUGGUGGGGGGAGCCCAUUUUCCGCAAUGGCCGCUAUGUGGGCAAGACCACCAGCAGUGCCUACAGCUAUACUCUGGAGCGCCAUGUCUGCCUUGGCUUUGUGCAGCACUUUGAUGAGAAGACAGGAGAAGAGCUGGUGGUGACAACUGACUUCAUCAACCAGGGCGAGUAUGAGAUCGACAUUGCUGGGCAGCGCUUCCAGGCCAAAGCCAAGCUCUACCCCUUCAGCUCCCUCUUCACGCAUCGUCGCCGCAAGGAUGAGGAGGAACUGAGUGGCUACCAAAGGGAGUAGUGCUGACUAGACCUGACCUGCUCCUUUUCCCAAGCUGGAGUAUUCUCCCACAAUCUUCCAGUCCAUUCUCCUCACAUAUAUUUCUUUCUUUUCCUUUCUUGUCUUGCAACUUUUAAACUUUUUCCAGUGUGUUACAUUUUGUAUAUUUUAAAACUUUAGUUUUCAAGCUUUCCUGAUCCUGUCUUUCUCCCUCCUUCAACCCUUUGCUUGCCAGGCUCCCCCAUGCCCCAGUGGAUGAAGCACAGUGCUGAGCAUGCAUCCAGCAGUCCAUGGGAAGCCUGUUUGGAGUGAACCCCACCAGAGGCCCUAGCCUUAUGGUGAUGGGAAGGGUUCAGGUGAACCCCUGAGGACUACGCCCUUCCUCUCUCCUCUCCAGCAUAAGGCAUGGGAUAGCAGGUAUUUGCUGCCUGUAGUUCAGAUGAACGCUGUGACUUCACCCUGCUCUCCGCAUAUCACGUUGUAGAGGGGUCGAUGCAUCGAUGCACACAGCAAUAGAACGAUCAGCUACCUCACUGGCAUGAGACAUAGCAUUGUGUGAGCAGCAGCCAAGAGACAGGUUUUGGUAUAGUCCAGCCUGUCAUUGCCCCCCCCCCCUUUUUUUUUUCCUAACAGGGAGUCAAGUAGAUUUAAUCAUCAGAUUGUUUAGAUGGCAGUAGCGCUGGUAAGUUUUUUGUUGUUGGGAUUGGAUUUUUUUGCGUGGGGUCACUGAAACUAAAUGGCCUUCUAUAAAUAUGAUUGAAGAUCGACAUGUGCGUUUCACUUCUAUAAAGGAAUGGGAUUUGUUUCGGUUUUUUGUUAGCAAACAUACUGAUUUCUAGCAAGGACAGAUGUUAGUGUUUAAUGUUAUUAGCUGUGCUGAAAUGCUGCUUCUGUUCCAGCUGCACAGUGUACAGUCUCUUUGGGGAUUUUCUUUCACUUUCCUUUUUUUAUGUGACUUGGUCAAGCUCAUCUGGCAAGGGUCAUGUAAAACUUGUGUUGGUUUGGGGUACUUGAGCAGCAGGAGGGGACAACAUCUUGUCCUUUUGGCUGCCUGUGGUUAUUUUGAAAUUGGGAGGAAAAGACCCAGCAUUUGUCUCAUCUGUGGUGCUGGGUUUUCUUCUGGUGGUGAGAAAGCAUCUCAGCAGCUCCUGCUGGAUUUGAGAAGUUGUCUUCUGUUUUUCUCCUCAAAUCUGUUGUACUUCCUACUUCUCUGUCUUGGUAGGACCUCAGCUGAGGGGAUUGAAUAGAGGGAGUGAAGGGAGUGUGGCAGUGGGAUUAUAAAUUCCUUUCCUUCAGCAAAGCUCUUCGCGUCAUGCUCCUUAUACAGAUGCUUCAGCCAGCGCAGCUGGGAUUCACCCCUUCUUCAAGUGUCAAAAUGCGCCGAUUCAAACACUGAUGGUAAAUGGUGAGGAAGUGGGGGGAUGCUGAAUUGUAUUGCACACAUUUACAUCUUUUUCUUCUUCGCAUUGUGAGCGCAAUCAAAAGCAAAGAUUCUCUUUAUUUACUUGAAGAAGAUCUGUUACACAUUUUCCCUGCCUCUGCUACCCGCAUACUCCUCAUGGUCUUUCUGCUCCAGCAUCUUUCUGUCUGGAGUUCAAACACAACCUUGCACUGGUUGCACCUGUCAGCCACGAUGAACACUUUCCCUAUGAUCUGGAACUGUUUCUGGGCACUUUCUUUUCCAGUUCAAUGGCAAGCAUCAGUAGUAUAAAUAUGAGCUCAAAACCUUGUCUGGUUCUUCUUUUAAGUUUGCUUUCUGCUGUUUUAGUUGCUUCAGGUCAUGGUUUCAGUUGAGUGUUUGGUCUGCCAGUUCAUGAUCCAGGUGUUCUCACCAUGCAAAAGAAGUCGAAUGUCCCUAAGGCAGGAAAGGUGAAAGUCUAAGACCUUUACACCUUAAAACAGGUUGUCAGAGCAAGCUACCCCAUUCAGGGUGAUACGGAAACCAUGAAACCUUGGAGAGGAGAGUUGGGAAAGGGUGUAAGAGAAUUAAGGAUUUGAGCAUGGGACUGUAGUAGGUUGAACACAGAUGUCACUUUGAGCAUGCUCUCUUUUGUGAAUGGUGAAUUCCUUUUUAGUGUGUGACCUCUUCAAGGAUUUUGAACUUAACAACUUUUGAACUUGAACAUGCAAAAAUUCCCCAGUCUGAAAUGUAGUGACCACAGUAGGGCAGCUUUUUGGGAUCUCACAGCUGAGAUUACCCUGCAUGGCUGUUGAAGGUGGAGAUUGUAAUUUAUUCCAACUUCCCCUAUUAUUGCUCUCCAAAUUAAAAUUUUGCCUGGUAUAUCAGGUUUAGUUGCUUAAAUGAAAGGUUCAUAAAGCAUCUGAUAGCAGUUUAAAAUCCAGUCGCUUCUUGCAUGUCUUUUCUGCGUAGAGGGAUACUGCAAUCCCACUAUUCCCGUGCCGGUUGUGUGUACCAAGGAGGACCUAUGCUUUACCAGGCUGUCACCUGGGAACAGUGCACCAGGUCACUCAAAAAUACGUGUCCAUCCUCUUGUCCCUCCAUUGGUUUUAUGGGAUGUUGCUGUGCCUUGCUUAUCUAGGGAAACAAGCAUUCAACCAAACAGAGUUUUAUACGUGAUACUUAGGGUGUGUCUUAGAGCAGCCCUUCUGAGUAGAGUUUAUUGACCAUUUGUUGUUGCUAUUGAGGCAUGAUACUUCUUCAGGAGAAAGCAAAGCACACAGCUGAGGCAAGCUAUAGUACUUAAUGCAACUCCUGAAGAGAGAUCUAAGCUCAAACCAUUUAGUUUGUUCUCUGCAGAGUUAAAAUAGUUAAGACCAAACUGGAAAGUUAGCAGCAUGCUGUCCUCUACCAACCACUUGUUCCUGAAGUGUUACAGGCAGAUGAUAUUCCUCCCUGUGAUUAUUUUUUCUUUUCCCUAAUUUAUAGGUGCCUGUUAGUUCCUCAGACAACUUUUGAUACAGGUGUCUCUUCCCACAGCAGUUCUGACAAUAAAAUUGUGUUUUAUGAGCUACUUUUGUCAUUAUGUCUGCUUAGGUUUAUUUUAUGUCUAGAUCUAUUGACUUUUCAAUAGCAAAAAUAGAGAGUGAAAAUAAUUUUCUAUCAUGCUGAUAGAUACAGCAAUGCUUUCUGUAAUGUUACGUUUGCUGUUUGAGACUUAGAGAUAGGUGGUUUGAUAAUUGUCAGUCUUGCAGCUCAUUAACGCCUACUCUGGCUUUCCCUGCUAUGAAUUCUGAUUCUUGUUUUUUAUCAGAACCUGUAGUCUUCGGCUGCUGUUCAUGCUUAGUUGAUUUAAUUUCUGGCAGCUAUUUUUAACCUUAUAAUGUUAAAGAAUAGUUUGCCUUCACCAACUUGAAUACCUGUCCAGGGGUCAGUUGAAUAGCGUGUUUUAAAGUAAUGCUAGACACUGAGACCGAGAAAGGUCCUUCUAGUGUAGUGUUUUCUUCCAGAGGUAUUAAACGGUGAUGUAAGACUCUAAUCCCUUUAUCUGAUGACUAAAAGUAGAGUGCCUAAAAAAAGAACAACAAAAUCAGUUACCACCUUUAGUACACCUUCAAAUUAGAAAAUUAGAAAUCGGAUCUUGGAAGCUGCUAGUCUUCCAAGCCAAGACACAGUCUUAGCAUCUAAGAUGCUGAAUAACAUGGACUGUAAAAUUAUGCAUCAUGAUUCUCAUCCUUAAAACUGCCUCAAAAUGCUUUCUGCUGAGAAAGGUGGUUUGUUCUCAUUCUGCAUGGUAAGACUAUGAACCUUGGAUGGGAAAUACUAAAAUAGCAUCCCCCUCCUCUGCACUGAAAGGGGUAGUGGCCUCGUUCCAUGCUGAAGCAGCAGCAGCAGGUCUGCCCUGUGCACCUCGUAUGUAGCAGUCGCAGGGUUGUUACCAGUUUUCUGAGUCUUGCUGUCCAGAAUGGGAACAGUCCUGUAGAUUUUGCUGAUACAGGCAUCUUUGCAAGGGAAGCUAAGUGGAGUUUAGUAUGAGAAAAUAAUUUAUCUUUUUGGCUAAAAUACUUUAGGUUGAGCAUAACACAUUUUAGGAUAAACUUAUUACCCAUCAGUGACAAAUUUUAGGGAAAGUGUGGCCUGUGGGUAGCGUACACUUGGCAUGUGUAGGCUUGUUUUUUCUUACCCCAGAAGGCAACAUCUGAGUGGGUUUGCUGGUGUAGUGGUGGUGAAUCCAUCUACCUGUACAGCAUCCCUGUAACGCUGGGAAGGGCUUGCUUGCCCAGGUGUUGUCUAUAGAGUAGUGUGGGGAACUUGUGUAAGAGGUAGCACUUACUGGGCAGCCUCUUCAAUUAAAUGAUUUCUCCAGAGGUAUUACGUUGUCUUACCCUUGUUGUGUCCUUUCCUGAGUUCUCAUGUUUUGUUAGUCCUUGAGUGAGUACUGAAAGGCUUGAGUAAAAAUGGUAUUAGAGAAGAGGGUGUUUAUUAGUCUACUUAGGGUUGAUGAUUUCUGUUCCAGGAAGAUGUUACACUGAUUUUUCCCAUCUAUUUUUGCCAGACUUAGUUUCUUCUUGUCUUCUCUGUGCUGACUCCAGUAUCCAGAUUUGAUCUGCCUUGUUGGACAGUUUCGUCUUAUUAUUUUGUGGCAAGGAGAGGAGGCUAUGUGAAACUUCCACUGCAUCUCCAAGUCUUGGUGUAAGCUUGGAUUAUUCCUUUCUACUGUCGCAUUCAAGCUGCUACUGAUGAUGUUGCUGUUCCUGCAACACCUCUGAACUGCAGCCUGUGCUGCUGUAGGACCUCUUGUGCGCAAGGUUCUUCUCUUCAUUCUACCUGAUGCUUCAUCAUCUGAGCCAGGUUGGUUCUAGAUCUGUGUCUCUGCCUCAAUUUAAGCUCUUCAACUUUUAGACUGUGCAGAUACCAACACCCAGACUCCCGGGGGGGUUUGUGGCCGCUGUGUAUUCCAUCAUUUAGCCCUCCUUCUCCCUGUGCCAGGGUUUUCCCACUCUUAACACUUCUCUGAUCUCCUUCCUCAGGCAGUGGAGCACAUUAGUUCCUUUUGCCUAUCAAGACCGAGGCAUGGUGAAAUAAAAACAGGCAAGGGGAUGCCAGAGUGGCUGAGCUGAGGCGGAAGGAGAGGCGUGAUUGCGGUUUGAUCCUUUGCCCAUUACUUAACCACUUAAGCCCAGCCUUGGAGAGAUGAUCAGCCCUGAUUCCCAGCUCAGGGAGCAUUUUCCUCUGCAGCCUUAGUGCCGGACAAGCGCUGAGUGAUAGCAAUGGCUCUGGGCAGAAUCGGGACAGCGUUAUUGAGGAAGCGAGAGUGGCGGUGACACUUAUUUUCCAACAUACAUUUCCCUCUCACAUUUUUUGUUGUGACGAAGGAAAUGGUGCUGCACGGGGGAGGCGGGGAACGUGCACACGCAAUUGCUCAAAACACUUGUCUGUCUCUGGCACAUUCUUGCAACUGUAAAGGUACAGCAAAGACAUCACUAACCUUGUCCUUCCAGCACACUUUAAACAAAAUGAUUACGUUUUGGGAAGAAAUCUAUAUAAACAAGGUAGUUUCCAUGUUUGCAGGGGGGGAAGUCACUUGCAAGGGCAGAAGUCGUUCUUACUUAAAACAGAGUGCUUAGCUUCUGAUAACGUCCAGCAGAACGUUCACAACCUUCAGAUUUGUCUUCCCGAAUGAUUUUAUUAUAAUACUUGGUCAGGUUAAUUUGCACCCAUUUCAGGAUGCUUUUCUGUUUUAAACUACCUUUUCCUUAACUGAUUGUUUGGAUUUUCAUUUAAAAAAGAAAGCAUUCAGUCAAGGAACAGGACUUGGGGAAGGAGGGGUUAAUGUCAUCAGAUGAUUUCAAGCUGUCUCUAAAAAGCAUUUGAAAAUUUUCUUUGCACUUUAAACUUUCCUUAAGCAUCGUGACUGUAGUGGUGCUUAUAGCCCUAGGCAAGUGCAGUCUUUGCAUUUGAGGGAGGAAAAAAAAACUUUAAAUAUUUGUAAAUGCCUUAAAGCUUUAGGUGAGGUAUUUGGGCACUGAUUGUGCCUGCCAUUUGAUUUUCUUCCUGGAAAACUGCGUGCUGAGUGUACAGAGCAGACACAAACGUCGGCAGAUAUUUUUGAGCAAGCACAGGGGAUGGCGGAAGCUGCUAUUGCAGCAUGCUGCUGGUCUGAGGCUGGAAUUUGUAUUGAACUAAACUAAAUGAGCUGGGAGCCCCUGUGCUUGUACAGCUGUCUGUGCUGACACCUUCCCUUUUUUCCCCUCCAGAAACGGAUUUAUUCACUAUAUUGCUCAUGCUAUAAUGCGUUUUCUUCUUUCUUUAAAGAAAGAAGCCUGGGCUGGUGUAGAGUACUCUGUGAGUGUCCCGUUCCAUUAAAGGAAACAAAAUUCUCUGCGUGAAUGCUUCCCUGCUGUACCAGCUGACAUUUGGAGGCAGGAGUCAGGAGAAGCGGGAGCGGAGGGGAUCUGCUGGUGCCCGUAAUGUUUGUGGAGAUGGCUCUGAGACUUCUCAUCUCCCAUUUGUCUCAAAGCUCUGCUGGAUUCCUGAUGUCAGGCUGGCUUCUGAGUUACAGCACAAAACAAAGUGCUGCUUUGCAGGUACUGAUGUCCCUGAAGUCCUUGACAGGUUCUCCUGCAUCUCAUGGUCAGGCUUGCGGCAGGACACGUCCCUGCUCAUACAUGCUUCUGCCAGAGAAGCAACCCAAGCUGUGCUUGGGGGAAAGGAGUGUGCCUGUGGUGUGAAUGCAGUUGUUUCCAGACCGCCUGCCAAGCAGCUGGGUGAUGGUAAUGUUUCCUGAGUCUUUGGAAAGAGUUGGGUAAAACCCUUUUUGGCCCAGAUCAACUCCUUGCUGCUGCCCCUGAGACAACAUGCUUUCUUUCUGUCACUUUCUGCUCUGUUCCCAGCUGUGCACGUGUGACAGCUCCUGCUGUCACUGGUUUUACAGGAGACCUGAGCUCUGUGGGAGAAGGGUUCCCUGCUUCUUGGACCCAGUGCAGUUCUUCCCGAGCAGAGACUGCCAUCUUGUGAACUCUACCAUUGCUUCUGGUUAUUGGGUGCACCAAUUUACUUGUCCAAAGCCCCUUCAUGCUUUUAUCAAAUCUCCUGAGACCAGAUUUUAAAGGGCUGGCAGGGCUUCGGAAGUGUGCUACUGCUGCAGUUUUAAGAACAACUGAAGUUUGAACCUGUGAAAACAUUUUUACUAGUGCCUUACACUUGUGAAUGUUGUGCAAUGGAUGUAGCUGAGGUGGGACAGAGCAAGGAGCAACUUCAGUAGCAUGGUUCCCCAUCCACUACAGCCAUCUCCCUCUCCCCUCGCAGGGUCAUGGCAAGCAGACACCGGCAGAUUGGCUCUAGCAGUGCGGGGAUGGUGAUUUUUUUAAUCCCUUUGACCUCUGGGGUUGUAGAAAUGUUAAACUGUAAGACCUCAUGCCAGGUGGUCUGUCUUUGAGAGGAGCAGUGGUCUUAACUCUGCCGGCUUUGGAUUCAGGGGGGUUUAGGAGAGACAAAGCUGCUCUGAUUGUUAGACCCUGUGGUGGAGGACAUGGACAGUUGUUCCCAAGCGCACAAGUCAGGGUGAGUUUGCUGCUCUCCGCUGAGGCCAUGUUGUUAUCUGUGCUGUAUUUAUAUCAUGCUUUAUUUCAUUUAAUAUUUUGGUUGGCUUCAAUGUUGCUAGGUUUGUAUAUUAAUAAAGAGGCAUUUUAACUA